CACGCCAUCUCGGAGCGGAUAAUGCGGUGAGCAGGCACCGCGCCGGCAGACUCGGCUGGAUCUGCGCACCCGGCCGGGAUUGCGUGCGCCCGCGGGAGGCCCUGGGCAGCGGCUGGGAUCCUCAGCGGUGGCCGGUUUCUCCUGGUUGUGGUCAAGACUGGAUGAUGUAACUGGCUCUCUAGGAAGCCUCACUUGGCCGUAACCUCAGGAAGGUUCUCUUUGACCCCAUCUCAUUUCGAAGCCACUUCUGAAGCCACUUGACAAAAAUGAAGUGACAGUUCCUAUCAAAAAGGAUUCAGAAACAUAUACCAUCUGUGAAGAAAGUGGCCCUUUUUCCCACUUGCAAAAUAGACAUUCUCAAAUUCCAAAAUGCCAGCCAAGACCCCAAUUUACCUGAAAGCAGCCAAUAACAAGAAAGGAAAGAAAUUUAAACUGAGGGACAUUCUGUCUCCUGAUAUGAUCAGUCCCCCGCUUGGAGACUUUCGCCACACCAUCCACAUUGGCAAAGAGGGCCAGCACGAUGUCUUUGGAGAUAUUUCCUUUCUUCAAGGGAACUACGAGCUUUCACCUGGAAACCAGGAGAAAGCACACCUGGGCCAGUUCCCUGGGCAUAAUGAGUUCUUCCGGGCCAACAGCACCUCAGACUCUGUGUUCACAGAAACACCCUCCCCGGUGCUCAAAAAUGCCAUCUCCCUCCCAACCAUUGGAGGAUCCCAAGCUCUCAUGUUGCCCUUAUUGUCACCGGUGACAUUUAAUUCCAAACAGGAGUCCUUUGGGCCAGCAAAGCUGCCCAGGCUUAGCUGCGAGCCCGUCCUGGAGGAAAAAGCUCAGGAGAAAAGCAGUCUGUUGGAGAACGGGACAGUCCACCAGGGAGACACCUCAUGGGGCUCGAGCGGUUCUGCAUCUCAGUCCAGCCAAGGCAGGGACAGCCACUCCUCCAGCCUGUCCGAACAGUACCCCGACUGGCCAGCCGAGGACAUGUUUGACCAUCCCACCCCAUGCGAGCUCAUCAAGGGAAAGACUAAGUCAGAGGAGUCCCUCUCUGACCUUACAGGUUCCCUCCUCUCCCUGCAGCUUGAUCUUGGGCCCUCACUUUUGGAUGAGGUGCUGAAUGUAAUGGAUAAAAAUAAGUAACAAGAUGCCAACUUUUUUCCUUUGGGGUAAAAGGUACAAAAACAAACUAAUCACAGUUGAAGAGAAGGGCUUCCGGAGCUGUAUUUGUAGUUUUGUGAUGGGUUUUCUAAAAUAAUAUUCUUACAAAGUAUUUUUUUACCUGUUAUGCCCUGUUUACGAAAACAAUUUAGAAAAAAACAACAAAGCAAAACCUAUCUUGGCAAAAAGAGGAAGUGAGUCAGAGCCCAUUUUCAGCAGGCACUGGUGACGUUCGGCUCACAUAUUGUUUGCAGACACACAAGAAGUCUGGCUUGGCCAGGAUUGGCACUAGCUAUGAAGGGCUGAGCGAGUCACAUUAAGGAACUUCACAGAACUUUAUAGCACUCUGACAUUUUCUGAGCAAGAGGAAGUCAAAAUUUAUUUAACACCUAAGCCUUUUUGUAGACUCUUUUCUAUAUAUUGCUUGGGCUCACCAUAGCGAAUUCUCCAGUGUUAAAACUUCUCUGUUUUCACAUUUGAACUUUAUGGGUUUUGGGAAUUUUCUUGUAGUUCUUACAUAUCCCUAUAUAUUAUAUCUAUAUUGCAAAAUUUCAACUGUCAGCUACAUGUUGGUAAGACACAGGCAAAGUAUUACUGUAACUAAGUUAUUUUUAAAGUUAAAAUAUAUUUUUACGUGCCUUUGGCUUUUUAUUGCAGAGUCUACAUUUUAUAGAUUCUACAUCAGAAGAUGUCACUUGUUUCCAUUGGGAUUACAUUGUAAGCUGUGUAUGUGUGUGUUUGGAAAAGUGUAUUAACACUUAGUUUUUUUUUCUUCAUCUGUUAUCAUACUUUUAACAGCAACCAAUAACGGACUGUAAAGUGUAAAGGCACAGGUUACUCAUGAUGCUUCUGCAGAGACUGUGGGCUACACCACAUAUGUUAUUUGGAAAUAUAGGUAUUUUAGUACAGUACAUACUUGCAUUACAUAGGUACUUCAAACAACACAAUAAGGAGUAAAUGAUAAA